GAUCGCUUACACUCGAUUUCAAGACAAGCCUUAUUCAUGUACCUGUUUUUGGACUUUAAGAUCAUAUUCUCGAGAGUGGCAAGGUCCUUCAACACUUGAGGUGUUGUUGUGAGUUGGUUGACAGUCCGUAAUCUUCUUGCCUUGUCUAGAUCUGCAACGAACAAGGCAGCGCUCCGAACAAAAGCCAGUGAAUUUGACAUUGCAGAUAGCGUACAUGCGUUGUUUUUAUCUAUACAUUUCAGUAGGCCUACAGUUUUAUUGGUGAACAGUUAAACUGUGUUCAUAACAAUGAAUAAAUCUAAAUUAGCAAUCGGACUUUUUGUCGCAGGUACGCUCACUGCAGUGUUUGGGUUAGUUAUUCUAUUCGUUGGACCAAUCAUCAUUGACGACCAAAUUGUGAAGAACUUAAUAAUAGACCCUAAGAAUGAGAUGUCCUACACCAUGUGGAAGGACGUCCCUGUCCCGUUCUUCAUGUCUGUCUACUUCUUCAACAUCCUCAACCCCACCGAAGUCCUUGCGGGAGAGAAACCCAUGGUGGAGCAGAGAGGACCAUACGUAUACAGGAAGCGUCUUCAGAAGCAGAACAUCACGUUCCAUCCCAACGACACAGUGUCGUAUCUUGAAUACAGGAGCUACUUCUUUGAGCCCAGCAUGUCAGUGGGCAACGAGUCGGAUGUGGUCACCAUCCCCAACAUGCUGGUGUUGGGUGCGGCGGUGAUGAUGGAGAACAUGCCAUUCGCAGUGCGUCUGUUGCUCAGCACCACCUUUAAGGGCUUUGAGGAGGGACCCUUCCUAAACAAGUCUGUAGGGGAGCUGAUGUGGGGCUACGACAGCAAGCUGGUGGACUUCCUCAAUAAAUGGUUCCCUGGGAUGCUGCCCUCCACUGGCAAGUUUGGCCUCUUCUCUGAGUUCAACAACUCCAACACUGGUCUGUUCACCGUCCACACGGGGAAGGAUGACAUCCGGCUGAUUCACAAAGUGAACUCAUGGAACGGCUUGACCAAGUUGAUAUAUUGGAAGACUCCCCAGUGUAACAUGCUCAACGGUACAGCAGGACAAAUGUGGCCUCCCUUCAUGACCAAGGAGUCCACACUGCCGUUCUACAGUCCUGACGCCUGCAGGUCUUUGGAGCUGGUGUACCAGCGGGAGGGGAUAAUGAAAGGGAUUCCCCUCUAUCGCUUUGUGGCUCCUAAGACUAUGUUCGCUAAUGGCUCCGACUACGCUCCCAAUGAGGGCUUCUGUCCCUGCAGACAAUCUGGCCUCCUCAACGUCAGCAGCUGCAGAUCCAAUGCCCCAGUGUUCAUUUCCCAACCCCACUUCUACAAUGCUGACCCUGUGCUGCUGGACUACGUACAGGGACUUCAGCCUACUGAGGACGAACACGGACUAUUCAUAGACAUCCACCCUGAGACUGGUGUGCCUCUGAAUGUGUCUAUCCGUCUGCAGCUCAACCUGUACAUGAAGAAGGUGUCGGGUAUCACGGAAACAGGGAAGAUCUCAGAGGUUGUGAUGCCCAUGAUCUGGUUUGAGGAGAAUGGGUAUAUGGACGGUGCCAUCGUGAAAACGUUCCACACCAACCUGGUGGUAUUGCCAAUGGUGAUGGUGUACAUGCAGUACUGUUUCCUAGGCCUGGGCCUGGCCACCGCACUGGGAGCUGUACUACUACACUACAGCGGGAAGAUCAUAAAAUGUGAGAGGACUGUCAUACCGGACGCCAGCGUCAGCACUUCAUCCAGCGAGCAAACCCCUCUAAUACAGGACCACGUGGACUAACACGCAUGUAGGGGAGAGCUGCCUAGCCCAGUUCUGCAGGACUCUGUCUGCAUGUGUUUUAUUGAGACUGAUGAUCACUGGAACUCCAAAAACCACUGACUCUCUCCUGCUAUCUAUCUCUCUCUCUCUCUCUCUCAGCUAUAAACUCUCUCACCUGGUCCAGUUCUCACCUGGUCCUGCAUCUGCUCUGGGAGACCUUCAUUCUGUUCAGGACUCACGGAUCAACAGGGAAGGGCAGGACCACCCCGGUUGGUUCUGCUCUCUGGUGGUGUCCCAUCCAACCCUCCAAUGAGGAUCCACUCUCGGAAUACAUCAUGGAACAUCACCGCAUCCUCAGUCGCUGUUAUGUGAAUCUUUCCUCGUCUGUUUGUCCUUCCAUUUCUUCAGAUGUUUUAACAACUUAGUAUCAUGUGUUUUUACUAUUCCUGAAAUGCCAUAGAAAACCACUCCACUAGAUCUGUAUUGUCCUGCUUUCCUUUCCUCUGGUCUGUGUAGAAGUUGCCUGUAUGCAUGGACCUAGGAUCAGAAAAUCCUACCCUUAGCCUUUAGGGGAAGAAAUGGAAAAGUGACCCCAAAUCUGCACCUAAAAGCAACUUCAUUCUACAAUAUCUCACCAGACCAACGAAUCAAAAAGUGAACUUGUUUCUGGGGUGACUUCCAGUCAACUCAGGAAGUAGAGAGAAAUUCCAACUAUCUUCCAUGCUUUUCAAUUAGGGAAACUGGAAUUUGGUUUACUUUCUGAAUUGACUGUAAUUUAGAUGGGAUUUACCCCCAACCCAGGGGCAAAGGCCCACCCACUCAGGUUGCGCCAAAAACGCAUAACUUGUCUGUGUUCCAAAUGGGAUAUUAUUUGUCUUUUUUACCUACGCACAGUACUUGACUUGGGCAGGAGCUCACUGGAACUGAGUACUGGCAACUCCAGUAUUCUUCUGCUUGAAUUCCUGCACCUUCUAUUGAAUACUAACUCCAAAGUAUUAAGGAGUUCUGGCACUUAAAUAUAAACUGUACCGGCACCCAAAAUGAGUACUGGCAAGUCAAACACUGGCCUAAACAUGUCUAUGCAAACAGAAGGAAGGGUGUGUGUGAAAAUGAAAGGGAUAAAUAUUUACAAUACAUUUUAUUUGGCAGAUACCUUUCAGGGCAUCUUACAUAAAAUCUGGUGCUGUACAUAAAAUCCAUUUAAUUGAGGCCUAUGUGAAUUAUUUACCGGGAAGUAAAAAACUGUCAGCUUACCAAUUUCAAAAUAAUGGGAGGGUUCUUGCACGUGUCACUUCACACUGAUACCAUGUGCAGUAAACCGUAGCAAUAGCUGUGUAGGCUAGGCUAGACUGUGUAGGAUACUCACCGUGAGCCAGAAAAGAGUCACUAGCCAACAAAGCUCAGUUUACAUUUUUUUAAAGAUGCCAUUUCUAGAAGAGGAUGUUGGAGCAUAUGCCGUGUUAUUUGAUAUUCGUGAUUUCACCAUGAAGGGCCUCCAGUCCCCCUCUAUAUUACUAUCUAAUUUAAGGGCCUUUAAGACAUUUUCAGUAAAUUCAAUCAGCGCUUACAAUGCUGUUAUCAUUCAACACUUUUUUUCUUUUUUCUUUUGAAAUCAUGAAACGCUCUUCUCCACUUCGACUCAUGGACAUCAGUCCAGUGAAAUAAAGUUAUUUAAAUGUAUGCUCC